UUUGGUCAGAGCCCUUCUCUUUCCCCACCUGGUUGUGGCAGGAAAGUUCAAGGUGUCCUGGCAGCAGGAAGCUCCCUUGCUCCACCCUCUGCCCAGCACAGCGGCUCCCUGAGCUCUGCUUGCUGCAGCAGAUCUGCCAGCGACAGCGACCUGCUCUGUGGGGACACUGGAGUGGGAGCGGGACCCUCGGCAUGAAGCACUUCUCCUGUGAGCCCUGGGCAGCCCUCGCUGUGCUCCUCCUCGCCGCUGCCCUCUGGGACUCCUGCUCAGCAGCUGAAGACAUCUCCAAUGUUUCAACAACUGAGUACGAACCAGCAUGUCUUAACGUGAACUUCUGCAGGCAGGCAGCCGCGUGCUGCCCCUCGGGCAUGGAUGACUACGGGUGGAUCGCAGCGGCCGUCGGCUGGAGCCUCUGGUUCCUGACCCUCAUCCUGCUCUGCAUGGACAAGAUCAUGAAGCUCCGGCCUGACGAACCCAAAUACUUGGUAGCCUGAAGCAGAGCAAGCCAGCAAGCGGCAGCCCUGGGGAGCAGCGAGGCGCAGGCAGGCUGACAAAGCAUUUCAAACACUUGCUAAGAAACAAAAAAGAAAGGGAAAACACCUCCGGCCAAAAAAGGCCAGAUCUAAGCAGGGCAGCUGCUGAGGCUUCACCCUCUCUGGCAGGCUGGAGCUGCCAGCCAAGGUGUGGGGCAGGCAAGCCCCUGUAAGCCACCACAUGCAUGCCACAGCACAAAACCCCCACUUCUCCCUGGGCCCUCUCGUGCUUGCUGUGAGCACAGCAGCAGAAGAGGCUGAGGGACCAGUUACCAGCCUACAGCACAUUGCCUCGAGACAGCCUGGUGCACGACCUUUGGGUUUGACACAGAAAGUGGGCAAAUAAAGCUAUUUUCUUGAGCAUUAACAUUACCAGAGCGAAUACUAAGCUAUAGGCCAGGUCACAUCAGUAAGAGGAAGUAAUUAAUUGACGUUACCGAGUCCUUUUCACUCACUAACCUGCAAUAUUUAAAAGUCUAUUAACUGAUAUAUGGGAAGACUUAUGGAAAUUUAGGGAUUGUUCGGGCUGGUUUGAAAAUAAAACUAUUUUUUUCAGAGCCAU